GCCAGUGCAGGCAGUGUGUGCUUGCACUGCCUUUGUCGAGCCGCAGCCUGGCUAGCUCGGUAGCUAGAAAGCCGGAAGCUAGCUGCAGCUAGCUGUCUUUGCAGUCGUGCAACAGCUAGCCUGCACAGCUGGCUGCAGAGGAAGGAGAGAGAUGAUGGAAAUAGAGGAAUCCAGCUGUCCGUCGGAGUCCGGCGAGGAGGCCGGCGGGGGGAAGGACAUCCGAGGCUCAUCAGUCAAUUCAGAAACAAGCGAAAAGUCGAGUGAUGCAAAUUUGAGCGUGUUGUGGACUGGGUCUGCCGGCAAGACUCCACUGAUACAGUUUCGCGCUGAUGCCCUUCUUGGACUGGAAACUCCUCCAGACCACCCUUACUCAGGUAACCAUCGACUGACAUUCAAGCUGUCAGGGGAGAACCGGUUGGUGCACACCCUCCUUCUAUCACACGGAUUCUCAGAGGUAUCAUUGAUGAAUGCUCGAUUCAACGUAUACUGGUCGGGCUCUCACAUACAGAUGUCGGAGAUUAGGGCACUGAUGCCCCACCAGAGAAUUAACCACUUCCCUAGGUCCUACAUGAUCACAAGGAAAGACAGGCUCUGUCAGAACAUAUCAAGGAUGCAGCAUGCAAAGGGUGUGAAGCACUUCAACAUUAUACCAACUACCUUUGUACUUCCUGACGAACUGCCUCAGUUUCGAGUUCACUUUAGGAAAAAGCGUGGGACUUGGAUCGUGAAGCCUGUGUCAUUAUCCCGCGGCAGAGGAAUCACCAUCAUAAAUCAUCCAAAUCAAGCAAAGAGUGACGAGCCAAUGGUAGUGUCUCAAUACAUCGAGAGACCUCUGAUUGUCAAUGGCUACAAGUUUGACCUGAGGAUCUACGUGGCUGUGACAUCGUUCAACCCACUCAAGAUAUACAUCUACGAGGAGGGGAUGGCCCGGUUUGCCACGGAGCACUACUCUGGGCCAGUUCAACUGGACAACCUCUGCAUGCACCUCACCAACUACAGCGUCAACAAGAAGAGCACCCAGUAUGUGAGGUGUGACAGUCCUGGUAGGGAUGACUACGGGUCGAAAUGGAGUAUGAGUGCCUUGUUGAGACACCUGCAGGAGCAGGGAAAGAACGUAGCAGAGAUGAUGAUGAAGGUGGAAGAUGUCAUCAUCAAGGCCCUGAUUGCAGGAGAGUCCCACAUCAGCUCUGCCUGCGACGUGUUCCAAACUCACAGAAGAAGCUGUUUUGAGUUGUACGGGUUUGACAUUCUGAUAGACAAAGACCUCCGACCGUGGCUAUUGGAGAUCAACCUCUCUCCUUCCCUGGGAUGUGAUACUCCGUUUGACCUGCGACUAAAGUCAAAUCUGAUUGCCAAUCUCCUCACGUUGGUCGGUGUGCCCCUCUGCGACCCCUACACUCGAGAAACUCCAAAACCACCAACUGACCACCAACACCGUCGUCCGACCCAGACAUCCUGGACUCGAGAAAAAAAUCAUCGACGUCUCUGUCAUCACGUGCUCUAACGAGCGAGGAAGCGACAAUGGUGAGAGAUUGCUGGCAAGAGUACGAGAGGAGGUGUGGUUUCGUGAGGGUUUUCCCCUCCCAUGACUCCUGGGACCUAUAUAGUUCACUUUUGGAGAGCAAAGGACGUCUCAACUUCAUUCUUCACCAAGAACUCUACCCUGGGAAGAUUAAGGGACCCUCGCAUUCUCCCACUCCUCUGUCCACAGUCAUAGCUAAGAGAGCGAGUAUUUCAACAACCACACAAACGCCCUGUGCGUGUGACCCACCCGAGGGUCUACUUCCUCUGGAGAGAGUGGCCGUCUAUCUCAGGAAGCUGGAGAACGGGCCCAAGUUGAAGCCGCUCUGGGACUCAGUCUGUGAACUACUCUGGAGGAGAGACUCUCCCGCCACAACUGUAUCUGGACUUGGGACCAGAACUGAAGCUGGUGCACUGCUCCAGACAGACAUCAGUUCACCAACUCCUGAGCCAGUCCAGUCUCUCUUGACCAACAUCAGGAAACUCAGUAAGGUCCAGGCACGUAGGCUAUUUGCUGUCUAUCUGGAGCGAGUUCGGGCAAGACUCUCCAAGGAAACAAGCACUCUAUAUUUGAAAUCCCAGGAAGCUCAGGAUAAAGCAAACUUGGAUGUGAUCAUUCAUUUCUUGAAAUGUGCUGCAAAGAGUCUUUGCUCGCCAUUCACUCUCAUUGAGCCCGGUACAGAGCUCCCAAUGAGGCACAGGAAAGGGAUGUUGGCACGUCAAUUGGCAGAGUUUAUAACACUCUACACUAAGGAGACGGAAGAUUUGGCUGCUAACCCAAACCAGGCUCUCGGCUUGCCCGGAAAGGUGUUAGAUGCAGCACUCUCAAUCGCAAGUGAGAAGGAACUGGAGAGGUUACUAGCAGCUUAUGCUGAGCACAGUCACUCAUCAGCAGUCCUGUUUGGACCCUCUGCCAGAUCUUCAUGGGAGAAACCCAAACCUCGUGUACCCAAGAGUGGGAAACAUGUGCUGUCGCGGCAUUCUCAUCUCUCCCGAGUGCUCCAGAGGCAGUCGCGUGUGUCUCGGUCAGGUUCUCCACAUCCAUCAGGCAGCCACCACGACUCUUCCUCACACACCACCUCAACUGCUUGUAAAACACUUGGUGUUGGAUGUGGUGACGCAUUGGAAGCACUAACUGGCUCCUUGCCUCCUUACGAUUUCAAGAAAUACUCUGACAGACCUGUCGAGACUAGCUACUGGACUUCUGGCCACACACACUCUAUGCAGGAUUCAAGUGGGUAUGCAGGUGAUGGUGUGAGGGAGGAGGUGAGUAGGGAAGGAUUGCUUCCGCGCAGUCCAGAGAGGUGGGUAAGAGAAGCGGAAGGUGGGUUUAAGGAGGAGGAUAAAGGUGCGAGGAAGAAGAUUGGUAGGGAAGGGUUAGUAUGUCAGCAGAGUCCAGAGAGGUGGGCGAGGGGAGAGGGGGGAGCGAGAGAAGAGGGUAGUGGGAGACGGGCAAGAGGCAGAAGAUUGCUGCGAAGAACUCUAUCAAACCAAUCUCUACAUUCUCUAACUUCAAAUACAUCAGUGCAGACCAAGCAGUCUGUGUUGCAGUCUUUUCGAACCAACUCAAUUGGACUGAUCAGACCUCAGUCGGCCACUCUUAUCUCAAACACCAAGACCUCUGUCAGUCCCUAUGCUCAGCCAGGUGUGUAUUGGAUCCCAGAGCUA